AUGGUAUUUAAGAUCGAAAUUGCAAAUGACAAAUCUGCUAUACUCAGCCAAGGAAUUAUCGUUCUGAUAUUACUUAUAUUAGGAAUGAUUGGCAAUGGUAUUCUUAUCGUGGCUUACUGGCGAGAUUAUCGCAUGCAAACCCCAACCAACAUGCUGGUCAUAAGUCACAUUUUGGCGGAGUUUUCCUUCGCUGUCAACGGAAUUUUCGUGUAUGGGUCAAGUCUCAUUCGGCUCAAGGUCCUGAGCGGGAACUUGUGCAUCUUCGCUGGGACAGUGGACAUGUGUUUGUUCUUCGUUUCCUUGUUAAGCCUAACAGCCAUCGCGGUGGAUCGUUACUUCGCUGUAGUGAAAAAGAGCCAUCAUAAGUUCACCAAAAAGACAGUGAAACGUGUGGUGAUUUUCAUAUGGAGUCAAGCUGUAGUCUCUUCAAUACCCUGGGAUCUAAUCCUGAUUAACAAACCAGGGAAGCGAUUUAUAGCCUGGGUACUCGGAAACUGCGAGAAGUAUCUCACCUUGCGAGAGCAUUACAAUAUGCCCAUAAUAGCGUUACGAAUAGUCCUCUGGACACUUUCUUUUUUCAUACCGUGCUGCAUAAUCUUUUAUGCAACUGCUCAAAUUUUUCGAAGCACUUUACGGAAGCGUGUACGCGUUCACAUGCUAGAGAGUCCCCCAUCUCCUGUGGACUCUUAUUCUAGAUCCGCUUACACGACGAUCAUAAUAAUAUCGGUGUAUUUCCUUUGCUUAUUUCCAAGCUUGAUUCUGUACAUAUUUAGAGAGGAAAGCUCAAGUUAUUAUUCCCUCACAUUACACAGCUUCGCUAAGGUUGCCAUGUCUCUUAGAUCAGUAUGUUAUCCAGUGAUUUUUAUUGCGCGCAAUCAGAAAUUUUCGCAAUACGUUCGCUCGUUCGUUGCUAAAAAAUUCAGGUUCAUUCAAUGCACCGAUGCAGAAAUGCGGUGU